CUUUGAUCAAGCUGCACACGUUACAGUCUCUCAGAGUCGGAAUCAAUAUGGCAACGCGCCGGACUCGACUUCAGUCACGCACCAGCCCGUAUGAUUCCACGGUUACUCUCUUCAAACUGGAGACAACGGAGGAUGAGAAACCCCUUCUCGCUUUACCACAAACGCCGCGACGCGCUCGAGUGAAGACAGAACCUGCCUCCACCACGACCUCUGUAGAGCCUUCGCUGAGCCCCAAAAAGAGGGCUGCGACGCGUUCUCCCACGAAGAGCAGGUCGACGCCCACCAAAGCCAAGAAGGCUCUCGCGAAACCCGAUCCAGAGCCGGAAAAGUGGCGCGAGGUGUACGACGCGAUCACAGAAAUGCGUUCCAAGAGGGAUGCGCCGGUGGAUACCAUGGGCUGCCAUACGGCACAGAGAUGCGAAACGGAUCCCAGGACGCCAGACCAAGUCACGGGAGCAGCAGUGCUCAAGCUGCAAGCUGCGCUAGGCGGCUCGGUGUCCCUCGAGGCGGUCCUCGCUGCUGAUAUCGAGACUAUCAGAGGUGCUGUUAACAAAGUCGGAAUGUGGCCCAAGAAGUCGGUUCAGAUCAAAGCUGCAGCGGAGCUCAUACGUGACAAUUUCAACGGCGACGUACCUCAGACAAUCGAGGAACUCAUGACGCUUCCCGGAGUCGGACCCAAGGUCGGCUUUCUGACGCUUCAAGCCGCUUGGCAGAUAAACGUCGGGAUUGGUGUGGAUGUCCACGUCCACCGGAUUACGCAGCGCUUGGGCUGGCACCACCACGACAAAGCUGAGGAUGCCCGGUAUGCACAAUUCGUUCCGCCUCGAGCAGCACCUGACGCAAAGCAGAGUCAGUCUCGAGUCUUGGCUUCCGAAAGAGCUGCAUCCCGAUAUAAACUCACUCCUGGUCGGAUUCGGACAGACUAUAUGCAGCUCCAGAGCUCCCAAAUGUGGGCAAUGCACGCUCAGCUCGAGUGGGCUGUGCCCCAAGAUCGGUGUCGACUGGUGAAGGGAGAGUCUUCUUGCUAAUGGUAUCUUGCUUUUCAUCUAUCGUAACUUGUAUUAUAGAGCACUCUGAUCUAAAAUCCCUGCUGAUCGCGCAGGCUUGACUCGGAUCAUCUACUCCGGUUCAUGACUGCGUAGAAUGUAGUCAUGGAGCUUCUGGAAGCCCUCAUUUCCUUCCAGUCUUGCCGCAUCCUUCAGACGCUCGUACCAUUCAACGAAAUUGCCGUCAAACGCCUCCCUAUCGGAAGCCGUAGCAUCGGACACUUUCAACGCUCGCAGGAGGUAGUACAGAUUGAGGGGCGAAUCUCAUGGGCGUGCAUCUUGAUCGCCGGCGCCUCCCAUGCUGAUAGACCGACGCAGCUCUUUGAGAUCCUCAAACUUGCAGUGUCCAGUCCUAAAGCGGCCCGACCGCAGACCCCUCCCAGUCGAGCAUCCCAAUGAUCUGCGUUGGGUCAGAGGGAGAGACGUGGAUGUGGGUCAUGUAGAACUCGUUGUAGAACGCGAAGCACUCGUCUUCGUCCGUCAGCGUCAGCGCCGAGAUGCCCUCGGUCGCAAGGCCCAGCCAUCGGAUCGCAUAGUUGCAGAAAGCGACGUCGGCGCCAGCUGCUGCGCGGUCCGUGUAGGCCUGCAGCGAUGAGCGGGCGUGGGCGAGCAGGUAGUCCCGCGAGGAAGAGAACGGGCCUCUGUGCUCGGGGAGCAGGGGAUUUGGGUUGCCGUAUUGACAGCAUAAUUCACCCAGUACUCCGUGCUCGUCCACGAGACUGCCGAUGGCGGGGAAGCGCGUGUCGAGAAGCUGUUUCUCGAGCUUGCCGGUCUGAGAGACGAGACUGCGCCGCGAUUCCGGGGGCAAGUCGUCCCAAACAAAGCUCAGUCUUGGGCCGGGGACCUUAGUUGUGGAGUUGAGACUCAGGGGGAUAUUCAGAGUUCGAGAUUCCACUAACCACAUCCAUAAUCAUGUACCGUGCUCCAACGGCAUUGUGGGGAUCUGGAUCGUAGUAAUGGAGUUUGGGGACGGGAAUCGACGUGUUCUGUCGCACAUAUGCCAUGGUGGCGAUCUGGUAUUACCUUGAGCAGGGCUUUUUUGGCGAGUGACAGUUGAUUCUGACCUCAGAGAGGAAUCGGACGGAUAGAUCGUGCUCGGACAGUCCCUGGGUACCGUACCUACUUCCUCCUAGACGUGCUAUGAGGUUUGACGCGUCUCCAAACUCUAGAAGAUCUGUCAAGGCGUCGGUUAGUAUUCGAACAGGAAAAUGCUACUCGUUGUGCUUGCUGGAUUGAAUCCUCCUCCUAAUAAAGCUCGGGAAUGUUGAAUGCGCCCAAGGCAGCCGCCAUGUCCCCGAUGGCGAAUUCGUCUUCGAAACGGGUCAGCAUCUCUUGAAUCCAGGGCUCCGUGCGAUUGGGAGGGGAGUCCAAGGAAAGAGGCCAAAGGGAAGUACAGUAUGUUCGAAAUCAUUUUUUGAGCGCCCCGCCGAUCAGUGUGGGCGCUGCAGAUUCUCACGUUGUCAGACGGGUUCCAAGGAAGAAGCAGUUACACAACCUGUAUAUUUCAGGCAUUUAUUCAAUACAGGGCGCACACCAGAACUCCGCGUCAAGCAGAAUGUUCAAAUAUGUGCCCUCUCAAUUGACAAGUUGGGUGGCGACCGGAAUCGAUGACAGAGCUCGACAUCGCGCCGGGCCCCAUGAAGCCUAAUGUUCGCUGUAGAAAACAUUGAGGGAGAGCCACUUAAGCAGCCAGCCACAUACCACAUAUUGAACAUCUGAACAAAACAAUGAGCAAGAAAGCGCUAGAACCAGCGAAUCGAACGAACCCGCGAGAAGUAUUCCUCAUGGACAUGUUGUAUGACGACAGAACGCUCCUUCAUCAACUCGUCUCUGAUACCGUUCGCCUCGGCACGCGUUCUGACCCCCGGCACGCAGGAUGCGAUGUAGUCGAGCAACUCGAUAGGGAGCAGCGCUAGGCGGGAGCGCGGUCCCUAAGAUCGGAGUGUAUGCUUGACGAUCGAGAGUUGUUGCGGCGGGAUUUCCGUGGCGGACACCUCAGUUACCACCGCCAUCACCCGGUUGCACCCCCGCGGGGGUCCUACUGGGUACCCUCAGACGUAGCUCUGAGGGUACCCAACAGGUACCCCCCUGCGGGGCCCGCGGGGGGGAUUUGGUCCAUUUGGG